AGUAGCCCGCGGUCGUGGUGUGUAUGUGCGGAUUUUGUCGCGCGUUUUUUUUUUUCUUCACUGGUGCAGAAUUUUCCGCGCUUUCCCGAAACGACCGUUAAUGCUUCCCUGCUGUUACCUGUCACAGCCAAACAGCCAGCGGUGAUGCCGAACGCAGCGAACAGUUGAAUGAAUCAUGGAUUAUUUCUACUUCUGGAUCUACAACAAAUGAAAUCGUUUUGAUUAGUGACAAGUGCCUAAUUGUUCCAAAGUGUUGCAAUCGAUUGUUUUGUCUUCGUGUGCAGUGAGUGUUUGAACAAACUUGAUACAGUUGUUCUAUCGGAAAGGUGAAAUAUUAUACAAAAAGAGAAUAAGAAGGACUGACACGUGUCUGCAGUGUUUUGGAGAAAGGUUAAGGUGCAAUUGCUGGUGGAAGAGAGAUUGAAGCAUAAUCCAAUGUGCAAUUUGGUGGCGUUUGUGUGAAUGGAAAGCAGCAAAGCGGAAGAAAAAUCGUGCAAUAAUUCUAUGAUUUUGUGUUGUGCCUGCAGAAGUGCGACGUGCUGGUGAGUGAAUUUGUGUACCCCUCGUCACCUCUUUAUGUAUCCACCCCUUGGCACGAGCGAGUGAAUAGUGGGCCAAAAAUAUGGAAUCGCCGCAAAUGUACGAUACGAAUCAAAUCCAAGUGCGCAGUGAUAUCAAGAAGCUAACGAUGGCCGCGAACAAUAGCGUGAACGGUGCGAACGGCACGGCCAACGGGGCCUCGCCGACCAACAACAACAACAACUCACCGACCGCGAUUAAUCAGAACACGCUGGCGAUGAAGCAGCAGCAGCAGCAGCAGCAGCAGCAGCACCAGCAGGUCCAGCAGCAGGUCCAGCAGCAGCAGGUCCAACAGCAGCAGCAGCAGCAGGUUCAGCCCCAGCAGCAGGUGCAGCUCGGCCAGCACGCCGCCACCAACGGUGCGUCCGGCGGUCUGCUCUCCAACGGUAACCUCCUGUCCAAGCAGAUGCUGCAGCAAAUCCAGUACUCCCAGUCCGAGCUGGACGAGCUCACGUCCCAGGAGAUCUCGCUCGACCUGCAGCACCUGAUCGACGACCAGUUCCGCGACCCGGAAGCGCUCGGCAUCUUCACCGAGAUGGUGACGGUCGGCAGCACCAACGGUACGAUGGCGAACCCGCUCGUGCAGACGGCCGCCGCCAAGGCGCUCCAGCUCCAGCAGGCCCGGCUCUCGCAGCACUCGAACGGUGGCAACAGCUACCAGCGCUCGCUCGCCUACAUGCCCCAGCCGGUGCAUACGGGCGCCGCGUACGGCAGCACCUCGAGCGACGAGAACAGCUCCGUCGGCUCGUCCGCCGACUCGGCCAACAUCAAGGAGGAGCCCGUCGACCCGAACGAGUACCGCCGGCAGCUGCGCGAACGGUGCCUCCGGGGCGCCCAGUUUAUGGGCACCAUCAACGGGUACCCGGGGCUGCCGGGGGCCGGUGGCGGUGGUGGUGGCGCGGCAACACCCAACGGUGUCCCCGGGGCGCUCGGUGCGUCCGGUGGCGGCGGCACCACCCCCAGCUACGUCACCAACGGCAACGGUAACAGCUUCUCCAGCCUAACGCCCGCGACCGUGCUGCACCAUCAGGCGCUGCCGCAUCUGUCCGGCGCCGCCCAUCUCGCCAACCUGACCAAGCACAGCAAGAUGCUGCCGCACGUGGGGCGCAAAACGCAGCAAAAGGUGGUGGACAAGGGCACGGACGAGUACCGGAGGCGGCGCGAGCGGAACAACAUCGCGGUGCGGAAGUCGCGCGAAAAGGCGAAGGUGCGGUCGCGCGAGGUCGAGGAAAAGGUGAAGACGCUGCUGAAGGAGAAGGACGUGCUGAUACGCAAGAUCGAGGAGAAGAACAACGAGAUCGCGCUGUACAAGCAGCUGUACAUGCACCUGAUGAACCACAGCAACCCGGAGAUCAACCAGAUCUGUCGCAGCGCGCUGAACCUGUCCAACAUGGGCGACCACAUGUGAUUUGGUGCGCUUUUGGGUGAAGCGUUUCGGGGAAUCGUUGUCCGCUGCUUUUUGUUUUUUUGGUCGGUCCAGAGCCGAGGACUGCUGCAUUGCAUCCUGGGUUACAUCUCACUUUUCCUCCCAAACAGCCCACAGCAGCAGCAGCAGCAGCAGCAGCAGCAGCAGUCCAGUAUGGUACGGUCGGAGAUGUCCCCUGUAUUAGCUACCCAUUGUCCAUUCUACGUUGCGUUUUGUACACAUAAUACACACAAACACACACGAACCAAAGACAAGUUAGGCUCGCAGGAUAUUCUUUCGCCCCAACUCGGGACGUAGAAUGGAGUCAAACGAAGACACACAAAGACGGCGCAAAUGUAAGGAAGGCGAAAAUGGGGAAGCGAAAUUUCGGUGGGGGGACAAUCCCGAAUUCGAUUCGACCGCAGGCAGCUACUCACCGGAAAAACAAUAGCACAAACACACACAUACACUCUUGUGACAGCUAGAGCAGUGAACGUGAAGCAAUUCGAAAGGAACUUAAAUACCUGUACAUAGCGUUUAAGAUAUUCGUGUUUAUUUGCUACUGCGACGUUAUUAAUGUUAUUAUAAUUAUUGCCGUUUUUUUUUUGUUGUGUAUAGAAGAGGAUGCAUUCGCUGAGUGCAUUGCAUUGCGGAGCAAUUGGGUGGACAGGGGAACAGGGACGAAUGUAGCAUACAUACAGUUAUAUAUCUAUCUCUCUUUCUCUCUCUACUGACGUACAGCGACCGAUGAAACAAAUCGUUCGACACAAUACCUACUUAAGUACUACUUUUUGCACAAAGAUUCACAAGAAACAUACACACACACACCCUUUUGGUAUCGCUGGUUGUAGAUAAGACUUGAUGGAAAUGUUUCCUUUCGUUUUCUUUUUUUUUGUAAAUUUGUUCUUUAGUUUCAUGGUUAAGCUGUAUGUAGUGUAGUGUGCUUUAUUCGUUCGUUUGCGUUCAUCCAGAGUCAGGGCAGAUACGUCUGCUACGAAAACGGUCAAAAUACAAACUACUUUUUUACAAAAUUAAACUAAAACACUGUUCUACUUCCUUUUCUUUCUUUUUCUUCCUGUAUCUUCAUCUCCAAUUACUGUUUGUGGUGUACUUGUAACACGUUAUAAGCUACAGGUUAAUGUUUCCACCCUUAAGACUGAUGUUCCUGUAAUUCUUUUAGUGUUUUUCCUAUUUCAUAUUUCUCUUCACUCUGCUUUUUCUAUUUCUGUUGUUGCAUCUUUGCAGAUGUUUCAAACAAAAUUUGAUUUUCUUUUUCCACAUUCCUGUAUUCAUCUUUUCCUUUUCUCUUCCAACAAUCAUUUACACAAUUCUUUUGUUUCUUUUUCUACUUUUCAUUCAUGAUUUGUUGUUUCAUUCUAUUAUCUUAUUGUUCGGACUUCUUUCAUUCAACUACUCUGUUUCUAAUGUUUUUCGUUGAUCCUUUUCUACUUUUCCUUCUGAAAUUUACCUUUAAUUGAAAUUUACCUGAAAUCUAUUUUUUCCUCUCAUCUUUUCAUUUUCAUAACUAACUAAAAGCUUGUUGCACUAAAAUACUCUCUCCAAUCAUUUGUCAAGAAUCUUCUUUUACUAUCUUGUUCGCACACUGUUUCUUUCUACCUUUUCUUGUUCUUAUUCAUUCAUUGUUUUUCCUCUUUUACCUAACUUAUUUUAACUACUCCGCAUCUAGUACUUUCCCGAACUAAACCAAAAGACAUCGUUUUGUAGACUUUCGCAACCACACCACCUUCCAUAAUUUUCCUCACAAAUGUUAGACACAAUGAACCAGUUAUGUAAAUAUUGAACCACACACAUAUACAUAUC